UGCCCUUUGCCAGUUUUUGUCUAUCCUCUUUUCACGCCGCUCUCUCUUCAAUCUUCGUCUCUCUCUCCAACGCAAUCCUCUCAAAUUACACAGAUUUUCUCACACUUCCUUUUGUUUUCCCUCAAUCACCAUUGUUACUGGUAUGACUCUCUUCAAAAGAAAAACAAUGUCUCAGUUCUCUCUCUCACACUCUUGCAAGUGCAGAAAGAUUCAGUCUUUUUCUCUUAUGUCUCAUUUAUUCAAUGUAUUUUUCUUCAUCUUUCUCUCACCUUACCUCGUCAGGCUCUUCUGUUCAUUCUCUCCUCUCUUCUCUACCACUCUCUUCCUUCUCGCUCUCUUACCUCCCAACCUUGCUCAUGACAAUGAUGAUUCUUCAAGUUCUGACUCCAAAUUGGCUUUUCUUCUCUCAGUUGUUGAAUCUCUAGUUCAAAAAAUUUCCUCGAAGAAUGAUGAAAAUGGUGAGGGAAUUAGGUGCUUUGAAGAGUUUCAAGCAUAUCUUGAUGUGUUCCGAGCACCAGUCUUUGAAGUUCUUGGCGGAAAUUGUUCAGAAUCCGUGUUUCCAGGUCAUGAUGGCGGAAGAGAAUCAAGAGCUCAUGUGGGUCCAAUGGGAAAAAAGCCAAAUGGUAGUUUUGAUGAAAACCCAUUUGGGGAAGAUGAUGAUGAUGAUGAUGGUAAGUUUGUAUCUGCUAGUCCAAUUGUAGAAGAGAACCUGAUCUGUGAAAAGCAAUGCAAUGAAGUUCUUGAAGAAAAUUACUCAAAAUCUGGGCUUUCAGGUGAUGAUGAUGGAAGAGAAUCAAGAAAUCAUGUGGGUCCACUUGAAAAAGAGCCAAAUGUUAGUUUUGAUGAAGAAAACCCAUUUGAGAAAGAUAACGGUAAGAUGGAAGCUUCUAGGCCAUUUGCGGAAGAGAACAAUGAAGUUCCUGAGGAAAAAUUCUCAGAAUCUGACUGUUCUGGUGAAGAAGGAAGAUUUCAUGUGGGUCUAGUGGAAGAUCCAACUGUUAAUUUAGAAGAAAAAUCAGCUGGGGUAGAAGACGAUGUUGACAAGGUUGAAAAAAACUCAAAGCCAGACGGCAUGUUUUGUCAAAAGAGAGACAAGGAAGUCAAGCCACUGGACACAAACUCCAAUAAAGCAGAAGAAAGCAAAGAAGAAAAAGUGGCACUGAGAAGUGGAUCCAAAGUUACGUGUAAUAAUAAUUGCAAAAUUGAUGCUAAAGACAGUUCUGCAAACGGUGAAGAAGAAGAAGAAGAAGAAUACUUUGGGACUCCUGAGAGAUUCUGGGACUACAAUAGAAGCAGCAGCUAUGGAUCAAUGAGAAAAGAGAAGAAAUGGAGAAGGACAUUGGCUUUCAAGCUUUAUGAGGAGAGAAACAAUGUGGAUAAUGGAAGUAGUAGCAGUGAAGCAAUGGAUUUGCUUUGGGAAACUUAUGAAGACAGAGAACAUGAUAAAGCAGAAGAAAGCACAAAAAGUGAAGAAGAUGGUAAUGAUGAAGAAGAUGGUGAUGAAGAUGAGAAAGAAGAAGAAAAAGAAGAGAAAGAAAAGGGUAUGGAGAGUAAGUAUUGCUGCUUGCAGGCACUGAAAUUCUCAGCAGGGAAGGUGAACUUGGGAAUGAGAAAGCCAAGUCUGGUCAAAAUCUCUAAAGCCCUCAAGAGCAUUGGAUUGUUUCACCAUGUAAGCAAGCAUGGCAGAAAAAACCUCCACUGAACUAGAGAUUUCACUCCAUUUGCUUCACAGAAUUAUUGUGCAUUCAUCUGAUCAUAACAAGUAAAUAUAUAUAUAUAUAUAUAUAGAUAUAGAUAUAUAUGCUCAUUUCUGAUACAAUGAAGCUUUUUCAUCAGUUAUUGAUUCUUUUUGAGUAGAUAUAAAGAAAGAUAUUGUGAUAGUGAUAAAUAUUUCUUAUUAGGAGGCUCUGUUCACGGCAGCAAGAGCAAUCAUGAUCUCCAGUUUCAUCAAGAGAUUAUGCUACUGAUUUUAUUAUUAUUUUUUUUUUU